AUGGACUGUGUUCGGCCUUUUUUCCACUGGAUCCCACGGAUUUUUGAAGCUGACAAUCACCCGAAGGCUGAGUCUACCAAAGAAACCGUUCUCGAAAUGGGUCAGCAAGGCCCUCCCGCGGGAGGAUCCCGGAAGAUCUCCUUCAAUGUUUCCGAUCAAUAUGAAAUCCAAGAUGUCAUCGGCGAGGGCGCCUAUGGUGUCGUCUGCUCUGCCAUUCAUAAGCCCUCCGGCCAGAAGGUUGCCAUCAAGAAGAUCACGCCAUUCGAUCAUUCCAUGUUCUGCCUGCGUACACUGCGUGAGAUGAAGUUGCUCCGAUACUUUAACCACGAAAACAUUAUCUCCAUCCUGGAUAUUCAACGACCCCGUAACUACGAGGGAUUCAAUGAAGUUUAUCUGAUUCAAGUACGUCGAAGUAUGCCAUCUGCAAGAUGCGCAUGUAUGGGCUAUGCCGAUUUUUUUGCUAACAGAGUGCAGGAGUUGAUGGAAACAGAUAUGCAUCGGGUUAUCCGCACACAAGAUCUCUCAGACGACCACUGUCAAUACUUUAUCUACCAGACCCUGCGUGCGCUCAAGGCAAUGCACUCAGCAAAUGUUCUCCACCGAGACUUGAAGCCCUCGAAUCUUCUGCUCAAUGCCAACUGCGAUCUGAAAGUCUGCGACUUCGGUCUGGCUCGCUCGGCCGCCUCCACCGACGACAACUCCGGAUUCAUGACAGAAUAUGUGGCCACACGUUGGUACCGUGCACCGGAGAUCAUGUUGACGUUCAAGGAAUACACCAAGGCUAUUGAUGUGUGGAGUGUCGGCUGCAUAUUGGCUGAGAUGCUGAGCGGAAAGCCUCUCUUCCCUGGCAAGGAUUGUAUGUUUCCGCUUCUCUCUUCAAGCAGCAACAACAAUAACUAA